UUUUACAUGUAAAAAACCUGCUGAUGUGAUGCAGAAUCUCUGAUCUGCGUUUUGAAGAGCAGUGGCAUUGAGGGGGUGUUUCUUUGUGUUCACUAUUGUCUGCAUUUCUUCACAGACAUGAUUACCUCAAGAAUGAAAAUGCAAAAAAGCUUUACUUUGCUACUGAUGAUCUGGAACUCUUGUUUUGCCUCAGGAAACACAGCCACAAAUCACCUUCAGUUCUCACUGGGAUGUCGAGUCGUGAUACCAUGUCGACUUUACAGAAGUGACUCAAACUCCCUCAAAUGGUUUUACAAGAAAGAUGAACGUAGUGGCUCAAUCCGGAUAUUUUUUCAAGAUAAGAAAGGGCUACCAUACUAUCACCGACCCUUAAAUCCCAGAAUAAAGGUUUGGCACAAUGGCUCCUUGGUCAUUGAUCAUCUAAGGGAGGAUGAUGAAGGCCGUUACUGGUGUGAAAACUGCUUUCAAGACAGUUGUCAGAAUAAAGACUACAGAGUCAUCAGUGUGAAACAAGAAAUUCCGACAGAAACUAAAACAUCGUACGUUAAGGAAGGCAGCAAUUUUACUCAUGCAUGUGUGGGUGGGCUGACUAACAUAUGGUGGACUUUUAAAACAAGCAACACGACUGCACUCUGGAGCUCGGCCCAAAAACCAGAAUCUGACUUUGUGAAUUCCAACAAGUCUGUACACAUAGUAAAUGUCAAAAGAGAGGAUGCUGGGAAAUAUAGCUGCUGGACAAGUGGAUGUGAUGGACACGGACAGAAGCUACUUACUAUCAACUUGUGUGUAAUUACAGUACAUCACCAUGAGGAUUCAUCUGUUUCUUGCGUUGUGACGUGUGACACGAAAUUCAGUAACAUCAAAUCAAACAACGCAUCAGAUGUGGAGACAGACGCAAAGACAGUGUCUGUAGAUCAACACAGGUUUUUAAACUGCAGCAGAAAACAGAUGUUUGAUGGAUACAGCACAGCCGACAGCACUCGCAGUCCGUCGAAUGUUUUCAGCAAAACAACAGGUGCAUCUACAGGGCCCAAAUAUCCGAUUCUUCUUUACGGAACGUCAGCAGCGGUCACAUGUCUUGUUUUUGUGGCACUUUUAAUUUGUUUGUAUCUCAGAUCAACAUUGCAAGCAGCGUUUCCUGUGCGCCUUUUUUCCAGCGACUUGAAUGACGGGGCGGAGGAGGAAGGGACGGCCGUGGUUUAUUCAUCACUUGUCAUCAGACCCACUAAGACAGAAAACUGUGAUAAGCCCUGCACUGAUUGUGUGUACAGUGAAAUAUAUAUGGAAGGUGUUCAUUAAAUUAAAUAAAAAUGGUCCAUAAUGAA